AUCAGAUCGAGAAGCCUUCAGAAUCACUUCGUGAUUUCCAACACCGACUGUGGUAUUAAGUAUUAUUCUCCGAAGAAUUAGGGGCUCGGAUUCUGUCGAAUGCCUAGUGAACUACUGAUCGAAAAUCUCAGCGGAUCAGUAAACGAAGAGUCAUUAAAUGAGGCUCUUACAUUUGGCAUUCAUCGUUGCUUUAGCAUCUGGAGUUGCAGCUAUUCUCAUCUAUAUCACCGGCGUUUCUAACCUAAACGGAACACUCAACAUUUCGGAUGAAGAAAUGGAAGCGUUGCAGUCGUUGCAAAGUGGAUUUCAAAAGUGUGUGAGGGCCAAUGGAUUAGGACUGCAGGCUAUCAAUGGCAGAGACUACUGCAAAGUUACACUACAGUUCCCUAGUGAUACCAUCCCCAAAUGGAAAGACCCCAAAACUGGGAAUGUAGAGGGCUUAUCUUUUGAGUUCAAUCUGUGUGAAGCAGUUGCCACAUGGGAGCAGGUACGAAACAGUACAACCAUUCUCACCAAGGAGUUCAUUGAUGCUUUACCUAAUGGAUGGAAAGAUUAUGCAUGGCGAAGGAUUAAUAAAGGAAUACUCCUUAACAACUGUGAAAAUAAAACUCUAUGCAUGGAGAAACUUUCUUUGGUAUUACCUGAAACACCACCAUAUGUCCCACGCCAGUUUAAACGCUGUGCAGUUAUUGGUAACUCAGGAGAUCUGUUAAAAACCAAGUUUGGUAAAGAGAUUGAUGAUUAUGAUGCUGUUCUAAGGGAAAAUGGUGCACCAAUCCAGAAUUACACAGAGCAUGUGGGUCACAAAAGUACAUUUCGCCUACUCAACCGAGGUUCUGCUAAAGCUCUGGAUAAAGUUGCUGAGUUAUAUGAAGCUGGAAAAGAGGUGCUGCUUGUCAAAACUACAAUCCAUGACAUCAUGAACAAAAUGAUUCGGGAAGUUCCAAUUCUCAAUCGCGUAUAUCUCAUGUUAGGUGCAUCAUUUGGUUCAGCAGCAAAGGGAACUGGGCUCAAGGCUCUUGAAUUUGCUCUUUCAGUAUGUGAUACAGUUGACAUGUAUGGAUUUACAGUGGAUCCAGGCUAUAAAGAAUGGACAAGAUAUUUCUCAGAGUCUCGACAAGGUCAUACCCCGUUGCAGGGUAGGGCUUACUACCAGAUGAUGGAGUGUUUAGGACUUAUCAAGAUUCAUUCUCCUAUGCGGGCUGAUCCAAACCGUGUUGUGAAAUGGGUACCCAGCCAGAGUACGAUCACUGCUGCCAGACGUGCAUCAGAGAAAAUGCUGAGGUGGGUUGCAGCAGGGUCAGAUGACCCACUGGCAUCUUGUUCCAUCAUCAAAAAGAAGCUUCAGAAAAGUCAAUAUCCAAGCCUCAGAAAGGCUGCUGUGGAUCAUCAAAAAUAUGUGAAAGAGACGACAAUGUACCCUUUGGAGCAUAGUCCAGGACAUAGUCAACUCUGCACUGUGUCCAACACCUGACCCAACAACACCCAUCCAAUACGUAUAUGUAUGCUCAGAAAGUCAGUCAGAAGAACAAAUGCCUGGAGUUCUGCAGGAGUAGCAUACUAGCAUAGACUUAACCAUAUACUCUGUUGGCUGGCAUUUCUGAUCACAUCUCGAGGAAGUUUCGGUUUCAUUGCAACACACUUGUAAAAUUAUGUAUUCAUUGGUCUUUCAUUUUGUACACAUCAUUUGUGUUUUUGCUUCUUUAUAGGUUUUACUCUUCACAUUCUUUCUAGAUCACUGCUUGGAUGCCAAUUCUGAAUAUUUGUAAUUGCAAUAGUUGCUAGGUAUCUGAUAUCCUCCAUGUCAACUGGUUAUAUAUUUUAAACUUAUUUUUUUAGCAUUCAAA